AUAGAUAAAACAUAUAUAUAUAUAUAUUUAUAUUUAUUUAUCUUUCGUAUUUUUGAUCGCAACCCCUUUCUGGUUUCCUUUCUACCGAGCCUCUAGAGAUCCAUAGAUCUUAAUCGUCAACUCGAAGGAUCUACGAUUGCAAGAAGAAACAACGUGUACUACCCUCUUCUUACCAACAUCUCGUAAGACUGGAUUUGGUAACGUGCGAACAGAAAACAAUCGAUCAUCUAAAGGAUAUCAAAGAUGACGACAACAACGGGUGAUCCAUCGACAUUGAAGACACCUGCAUCAUUGUCAGGUGGUGAUUUAGUUUCACGAUUAUUGGCAGCAACACCACCAUACUUGUACAACGUACCCUUGACACCACAUAGUUUUUUCUUCAGUGAAAUGUUAAGAUCGUUCGUUCAAGCUAAAGCAGAAGCAACGUCAUCAUCGUCAGCAUCAUCUACGGCAAACAAUGGUAACACACCUAGACGUCGUAAAAGAUCAUGGCGUGACGUACGUGACAGGCCACUCGAACUUACGACGAAGGAGAGAAAUCAUCAUCACCAUCAUCAUCAUCAUCAUCAUCAUAACAACAAUAAUAACAACAAUAACAAUCAUCAUCAUCAAUCGUCUCCUCAACAAGACAAAUAUUAUCAUGGACAAACACCUCAACAAUUAUCGUCACAGCAACAAUUAGAUUCACGUUUGGAUUCUAACAGGAAUAAUAAACAAAAUGACACUUAUGACACCACCGAUAACAAGAUCAACGUUUUCGAACAAAAAGUUAAUAAUUUUGGUGGGGAUAUGUUGAAAUCAAUCGAUGAUAAUAAUAAAUCUGAAUUCGUUAAACAAAGUAAGAAUUUUUUCGAUGAACGGCCGUGUCAUUUUGAACAAUCCCAUUCACCGGAAACCAUUUUUCCAACUACUGAAUUGCAAAAAGUUAAACCGGAAGAACAACAGCAACAACAACAACAACAACAACAACAACAGCAACAACACGUUGAUCGUAAAAAUUGUAAUUACGUAGAUAGAAAUGGUUAUGAAGAACGUUCGAAGAAUCAAGUUAACGUUCCCGAAUUGUCAUUAUUGGCAGAUCAGAAGAAACUCGAUUUUUCGAUGAACUUUCUUCCAGGAUUACCUGGAAGAGGUGGCUGCGAAGUAUUUCAAGGUGUUAAAGGAUUUGGUUUACCUAACAACGUAUCAAAUUCGGAAUUUCUUCCAAGUCCAUUAUGGUAUCCGCCAUAUCCAAUGCCACAAUCCUAUCCUGGAAUAGAUCCUUUACGUUUUUUCAUCGACCUACGUGUAUCAGGACAUAUAUGGGAUCGUAAAUUGAAUGAGAGACAGUUACCAUUCAAAAGCAAGCACUGUUCAGCUUUUAGCGUACCACAAUCAAAGGAAUACGGUGGUAAUCGUCCAUUGAAUCUAACCAGGGACGAAGCUAGCACGUCUAGAACCAUUGAUGAAAAUAUACAUGGCACCAAUUAUAUUUUGAAACAUCUCAGUAGGACUUACAAGGAUAUACAAAAGAACAAAAUUUCUAAACAAGAAACGUCUAUCAAUGAAAAUGAUGAAAUCAAACAAGGAUUGUCGGAAAGUGAGGAUUCCUCGAAACAGGAAGACGCAAGCAAUUCAUCUGGGAGUAAAGAAGACGAGAGGAAGGAUUUACGUGCUGUAAUUGGUCUAGAAUUGGUGGUUGACUACGUAAAGGAACCAAAAGGAGACCCUUCGAAUGAACAAGCCGCACGAGUUAACUCGGAAUAAUUUGUGAAAGUGCCAAAGGUGAUAUUACAAAAAUUAGAUUCGAUUCUUUUAAUAAUUAAUAAUUGGACUCAAUUAUUAUACG